GCUCAAACACAGAAGCAGGAAACCAUUUCAACUUGUCAGUUCAGGGAAACAGAAACUGAAGCGUAGUUGAGCUGUUGUGUGUUUGUGUCGCUCAUGCAGUAAAAUGGCAGAAGCCAGAGUUUCUCAGGAUGAGUUCACGUGUUCAGUGUGUCUGGAUCUCCUGAAGGAUCCAGUGACUAUCCACUGUGGACACAGUUACUGUAAGAGCUGUAUUACAGGCUGCUGGGAUCAGGAGGAUCAGAAGAGAGUCUACAGCUGCCCUCAGUGCAGACAGACCUUCAGUCCAAGACCUGCUUUAGCUAAAAACACCAUUCUGGCUGAACUGGUGGAGAAACUGAAGAAGACUACACUUCCUGCUGACUUUUACGCUGGAGCUGGAGAUGUGCAGUGUGACGUCUGUACUGGAAGAAAACACAAAGCCGUCAAGUCCUGUCUGGUGUGUCAGGAGUCUUUCUGUCAAACUCAUUUUGACCGUCAUGAGGAAUAUCACUCUCGUAAGCCACACAAAGUGAUCGAUGCCACUGGACGACUGCAGGACAUGAUCUGCCAUAAACAUGAUAAAGAGCUAGAAAUGUACUGUAUCACUGAUCAACAAUACAUCUGUGUGCGGUGUAAGGAGUAUGAACAUAAAAACCACAACACUGUAUCAACUGCAGCACAGAGGACAGAGAAACAGAAACGGCUGAAGGAGAAGCAGAUGAAGAUCCGUCAGAGGAUCCAGCAGAGAGAGAAAGAUCUUCAGCAGCUGAGAGAGGCUGUGGAGUCUCAUAAGCGCUCUGCACAGACAGCAGUGGAGGACAGUGAGAGGAUCUUCACUGAGCUCAUCCGCUCCAUCGAGAGAAGCUGCUCUGAGGCCACACAGCGGAUCAGAGAUCAGGAAAAGACUGCAGCGAGUCGAGCUGAAGGACGACUGGAGCGACUGGAGCAGGAGAUCAAUGAUCUGAGGAGGAGAGACGCUGAGCUGGAGCAGCUUUCACACACACAGGAUCACAUCCAUUUCCUGCAGAGUUUCCAGUCUCUCUCAGCUCCUCCUGAAUCUACAGACGUAAAUGACGAUCCCUUCAGCUCUCUCUCCUCUUUUGAUGGCGUGAGAGAAUCUGUCCGUCAGCUGAGAGACAAACUGGAGGAUUUCUGCAAAGAGGAGCUGAAGAAGAUCUCUGACAGAGUCACAUUCACCAACAUGAAUCCCAAGACCAGGAACGACUUCCUACAGUAUUCCCAUUGGAUCACUCUGGAUCUGAACACAGUGAAUAAACACCUCCGUCUGUCUGAGAGGAACACAGUGAUUACUCUCACUAACACACCACAGUCGUAUCCUGAUCAUCCAGACAGAUUUGAUCUUCCUCAGGUGUUGUGUAGAGAGAGUGUGUGUGAUCGACGCUGUUACUGGGAGAUUGAGUGGAGUGAAUGUGUGUUUAUAUCAGUGUCAUAUAAGAGCAUCAGCAGGAAGGGAGGGAUUGAGAGUCAGUUUGGAUAUAAUGAUCAGUCCUGGAGUUUGAUCUGCUUAUCCUCCAGUUACUCAUUCUGGCACAAUAAGAUAGUGACUGAUCUCCCUGUAAAGCCCAUCAUCAGGAGAACAGAAGUGAAUGAUGAUGAUGAUGAUGAUGAUGAUGAUGAGGAUCGCUAUAGAGUAGGAGUGUAUGUGGAUCACAGUGCAGGAACUCUGUCCUUCUACAGCGUCUCUGGAGACACAAUGAUCCUCAUCCACACAGUGGUCUUUCAUCCAAACCACCUCCUCUUCCACAGCAAGGUGCGAACCCCCGAGGUCUGUGACCCUAGUAAAUGCAAAUUCUGA